AGAUCGAACUGACACUGAGCGAGGACGAAAAGUCCCGGCUGCUGGACCUCACCUGAGGCGCUGCAGGAGUCGCACGUUUUGCUUGAUGCGCUGCACGGCAAGCUGUUUGAUACGUACCGGGAUCUGGCAGUGCGGUUCGUGGACAUGGCCAACAAGAGCGACACGAUGCAGAUAGCAGUUGAGGAGCUGAAGGACCAAUCUGCGAAGGAUAGGCAGGAUCUGGAAGCGCUGCGGGCGUCGGCGCAGUCUGACGCGCAAAGCUACGAAAAGUACAUGACUGACAUGGAAGACCAGCAGAUGCACGUUGUGGGCGAGCUCGAGGCGCAGCUGACGGCUGCCGCUGCGCUUAGCAAGGAGCUGAAGGGGCGGGUGGCCAAGCUCGAGGCUGAGAACCGCCGGCUGACGAUGUCGCAGACAUCAGAGACCAAGGACCUACAAAAGACUGUCGCAGAACUGACGUCGCAUCUGGAGUUUUCGCGGCAGGAGAUGAUGAAUGAGAAUGCUGAACUGGCGAACCGGCUGCACAUGUCCCAGCGCAGUGUGAAGCAUCUGGAGAACGAUAAUGCGCGGAUGGUGGGACGGCUCGAGGCCAUGGCAUCUGGCUCGGGGAUGAAUAGGUGCAGAGGCAUCGUGGGAGCGCGAACGCGAGCAGCUCACAAAGAAAAUUAAGCGGCUCCAGCGGGCGGCAGAGGCGGCCGAGCAGCGGGCACUGGAGAUGCGCGAAGAUGGCGAGUCGAGCCUGUCCGAGUGGCAGAGAGAAAAGCAGAGUGCUGAUGAGCGUCACAGGCGGUUGACGGGUCGGGUCCAGUCGUAUGCAGAGCAUGCAGCUGGUGUGAGCAGUGCGCUAGAUGAGGAGCGCACAAAUGGAGCUGCCAUACCAGCAGCAGCAGCAGUGAGCCGGCUGGCGAG